UUAAUUUCAAAAAUUGCCAUUCAUUUACUGUUAAUAAUACCAACAAAGUCAUGUCAAGUAUUAUUGAGGAAUUGUCUUGCCCGGAGCAUGAAGAAGCAGAUACCAAAAUUGUGUACCAUGCAUGUAAAAUAAACGAUGCAGCAAAUAUUGUAAUACGAACUGUUGAUACUGACAUUGCUGCUAUAAUGCUAGGUCAUAUGCAUCAUUUAAAUGAUGGAUUGCAUGUUUGGAUGCUUAUAGGCACUGGAAAUAAUCUAAGAUAUGUGGACCUAACUAAAAUACACGAACAACUGGGAGAAUCUAUUUGUAAAAGCUUGCCUGGAUUACAUGCAAUCACAGGAUGUGAUUACAACCCUGCAUUUUUUAGACGAGCAAAAUCAAAACCGUUUAAAAUAUUGAAAAACUAUGUGGAAUUCCAGGAAGCCUUAAUGUAUUUUGGACACAGCGAAAUCAUGGAAGAUAACAAUAAACAACACGAGAUCUUUAAUGUUAUUCAAAGUCUUUUAUGCUACCUAUACAAUGUUGGUAAUUUAAACGACGUUGAUGCUGCUAGGCUGCAAAUUUUUAUCGAUUCUUACACAGUCUCUGAUGUAAACGAAGCUUUUAAUAACAAAAAACUACGGAAUUUUGAUGCCAGUUGCUUACCACCUUGCAAAAGUGAGCUAUUUCAGCAAUUUCUGCGCGCGAAUUAUAUAUGUUCUAUAUGGAACAAUGCUCACUUGAAAAUUCCAACAGCAUACGAACCAGUAAAUUAUGGUUGGAUUCUGGAAAAAAAUCAAUACUAUUUUAAAUGGUUUGAGGGGGAUCAGUUACCGAAUUAUGUUAGUGAAUCUUUACAACAAAUGUCAGAAACGAACGAAGGUGAUAUUGACAACGAUCAAUGCGAGGACUGGAGUACCGAAGACGAAAAUGGAAAUAUCGACGACAACGAUGAAAAUUAUUAAA